ACAAGUCAGAGGAUUUCGUAAGGAGGUUGGGAUUUGAAGAAAACUAGCGAAUAAUUAACCUGGAGGCACAGUUGUAUUUGAUGUGUCUUAAGUCUGUCAUCAAUCAAAUAGGUUGGGCUGUUGCUACAAUGUAACAUUUAUGGUAGCCUAAUGUUAGUUGAUUAACUAACUCGUUACUUGUUAGCGGAUGUGCAGACCUAGACCUGGCUUUGGGAAGAAGACGCCGUUUACCACAGAGAAGCGUUAGCCAGCUAGCUAGUUUCAAGUAACUUUUGAGGUGGUCUUACUGUUAAGACUAAUACAUUCUACUGAGGAAUAUUGUUAAUGUGAGAAAGUUUGUGGGUUUAAUCGGAUUUGUGUAGGUGUAACUGUAUAUCGAAAAUGUCAAGGACGUUACCUGCUUCUUCGUGAGAAAGUCUUGUAAUGGAAGUAACAGUUCAAGUCGCUUGAAAAGUUCCAUCGACCGAAAAUGAGACAUACGUGGGCUAGCGAGAGCUAUGUUAGGUAGCUAGUAAGAUUGUGAAGUCUUUGGAACGUUAGCUCCCUUGGCACGGGGUUAAUAUUUGACUUGUGAAGUUAGACUGACAUGUUCACUAGUCGAAAUAAUAACGAUAUUACCGUUAGUAGAUAACAUUGUAGGCGUUGAUACUUCAGCCGAUUUAACGGUGCAUUUCUUGGUGUAGUUAGAUAGUACUAAAUUGUCUUAAAUUAUGCGCGAUUCAAAUCUGAAUUUCGGUGUUCUUCACAGAACGUGCAAAUUGCUUGUCUUUUUCUGCUUCGUGUACAUCUCAGCCACUUUAGUUUACUAUGCCAAGUCCGUUAACUUUCGACUCGCGUUUGUGCAGAAUCAUCAAAGUCACAGUAAAACAGAGUCGAGUAAACUCGAGGCAAAAGACGCUGGCGCGUCUGAGUUAAUAGUCACAUUAGGGUCCAAUUUCUCCGAAUCCUCCGAACCGGGGCACAAAACUCUGGAGCAAUGCCCCGACCCCUCGCCUCUUCUGGUUGGGCCGUUGCGGAUCGAGUUCUCGUCUCCGGUGAGCUUGGACACGGUGCGGCAUGAGAAUACGGAGCUGCAUGAGGGAGGGCGCUACACGCCGCCGGACUGCGUGGCCCUGCAGAAGGUGGCCAUCAUCAUCCCCUUCCGAAACCGCGACGAGCACCUCAAGUUCUGGCUAUACUACCUGCACCCAAUCCUACGCAGGCAACAGCUGGACUAUGGGGUGUAUGUCAUCAAUCAGGCUGGUGAUGAGACAUUUAACCGGGCGAAGCUGCUGAACGUGGGAUACGUGGAGGCGCUGAAGGAGUACGACUACAAUUGCUUUGUCUUCAGCGACGUCGACCUCAUCCCCAUGGACGACCGCAACACCUACCGCUGCUUCAGCCAGCCCAGGCACCUCUCCGUGUCCAUGGACAAGUUUGGCUUCAGGUUGCCAUAUAAUCAGUACUUUGGAGGUGUAUCGUCCAUGAGCAAGGAGCAGUUCCUUAAGAUCAACGGCUUCCCCAAUAACUAUUGGGGGUGGGGAGGAGAGGAUGACGACAUCUAUAACAGGUUGAGUUCUAAAGGCAUGUCCAUCUCUCGGCCCAGCGGAGCCAUUGGGAAAUGCCGCAUGAUUCGCCACGAUAGGGACAAGCAGAACGAUCCUAACCCGCAGAGGUUCGACCGCAUCUCCCAUACCCGGGAUACGAUGCACAAAGACGGCAUCAACUCUCUGUCCUACAGCGUGGUGCAGGUGGAGAAAGACCUGCUCUACACCAAAAUCACAGUGGACGUGGGGAAGCCUACCAAAUAACACACACACUCACAUACAUGUACACAGAGACACACACACACACACACAUUCUUACACUCACAUACAUUUACACACACACACACACACACACUGAGGAUCAUAUGCCUCCCUGUGAAUGUUUGAAUCCAAGGUGCCUUGCUCGUGUGAUGGAGUACAAAAGUGGACUAAAUAAUGACCAAGCAUGGAAGGCGACGGUGUGUGUGAUAUUUAUAACGGGACACUGGACGCUCCGCUCCUGAGGCAUCUUGGCCUCCAACUCUGACCUUUGCACAUAUGACUCUUACUUGAAAGAUGGGAUGUGUGCUUCUAAGUGCUUCUAAAUAAGUGUGUGUGUGAGAGAGAAAGAGGUUUUCCUCCUAACUGAAAGUAAUAAUUUGUUCAGCCACGCUGAUGUGAGCCAUUGCUACACACACACACUCACAUACACUUAACCUUCCACAAAUACCUGCCAACUGUGUGUGUGUCUGCUGGCAGUGCAUGUGCCUUUCUUUUACCUUUCUGUCCGCUGCCAGUGGCAGGUGUGUGUGUGUGUGUGUGUGUGUGUGUGUGUGUGUGUGUGUGUGUCUGUGUGUGUGUGUCCUUUUUAGUCCACAGUGUCUGUUAAGCCACAGGAUGGCGAGAUUCUUCUCCUCCAGGACAGGAAGAAGAAUCGGAAGUCAGUCAGAGAGGAAUGAAGGGAGGAGAGUGCUUUUCUCUCUCAAACCAAAGUGCCUCAGCUCCUCUCCUGUUCCUUUCUCUCUCCCUUUCUCUUCCUCCCAUGCCUCCCAGCCGUGUGUGUGUGUCUGUGUCUGUGUUGACCAGCACAGAAAACUGGCUAGCUGCUGCAGGCUAGCAGUGGUAUGUGUAAGCAAGGCACAAAGUCCACGUGACGCAAGCAAAGUGUGUGUGUGUGUGCAGACUUGUACAGUCUCUUAUUUUCAGGGUUUUUCCAAGCCAAUCAGCUGCCUCAGACAGACAGACAGACAGACACACACACACACACACACACACUAAUAAAAACAGUCUCACCACCAACCUCCUGCUGAAGCCAUAUGCUGUAGUUCUGCAGAGAGCACGCUCGCCAAACACGCACGACCUUCAGAGAUUUUGUGUGUGUGUAUGCACAUGUGCCGCCCCUAUGGAGAAGUCCAGCUGAACCAGACUGUUGAAUGUAACAUUGCUGUGUGUUUGUGGACAGGAUGUACAGAAUCUUUAAGAAUCUUCACUUUUCCAGAUGCCCAGUCAUUUCUUCACCAGAUAUGGCUGCUGCAGCCCUCUCUAGGCCCAUAAACACACACACACACACACACACACACACACACACACACACACACACAAGGCUCACUGGAAAAGCUAUGCUGGAUCUGGAUAGUCUCUCACACACACACUCUAACCAACACUGAGAUGUAUGCUUGUGUUUGCUGACACAUGCAGACAUAUCUUCCUGAGAGGAUUGUACCUGUUUAGGUAGAAGCCUCUCAUUCACACACACACACACUGGAGUGGUUUUGCUGGAAGGAGUUAUUAUUUCUGUAAAUGAUCCAAUUAGGCCUGAUGAGCCUGAGGACAAUGGCUUUAUCUAACGCCUGCACGUUUGAGUGAGUGAGUGUAUGUGUGACAAGAUAAUGUGCUCCGAGGCUGAGGUGGCUGGGUUAUCUGCAUGGUCUGAGGUAGCUGGGUUAUUAUGGUCUGAGAGUGUGUAUGCGUAUGCAGUGCGUGCUCCGGGGUCGAGGUAGCUGGGUUAUCUGCACGCUCCUCGGACGCCACUCCUUACAAGUUCUGAUGUUCCGAUGCUGCCCAGAACAAUGGGUCGGACUGGACGGAAUGUCUAGACUGUUUGGACGGACUGUCCAGACUGGUGGGCUCUCAGGCGGUCUGUCUAUCUCUGUGUAUGUUUGUCUGUGUGAUUUUUAUCAGAAGUGCUGAGUAUCUGAUUGCUGUAUCACUGAACAUGAACCCAAAUCAUUUUUAAAGAUUAUAAAUUGUUUUGAAUUAAAGAUAUUUGAUUGUA